UCUCAAUUUCCCUUUACUUAUUUUUCAAGUUUCUUUAUUUAAACUGUUUAAAUUUUCGGUUCAUCAUCUUUACACAGCCAUUCAAAGCUUUAAUUUUCGUUUCUUUUUAAGUCAUUUUCAUCAAACUUUUAGUUGAUUCCAUUGUGUUUGCUUUAAUGCGUCAGUGAAGUUGACCCCAUCAACAUUUUCGUUAUGAGAGGAGUGAAAAUGAUGGCGACUAGUACCCAGUUGGAAGCAACUGCAAGAGGAGCAGCUUACGCUUUGUUGCCGUCUUUUUUAUGCUCCAAGUUUCACUCUUUCGAUUUGAAGAGUGUUCAGGUGGUUAAGUUUCAUGGAAAGAUGUUGAGUAAGCCAUCAGGAAGUCAAACAAUGCUGAACAGUUGUACCUUGCAGACCAACAAAUACAGCAGAAACUUUAAAUUCAAACCAGCUGGUGGUGGAGGAUCUUUUCAUGGGUUUUCUUCUUUUACUACAUUUCAUGCCACUAAUGAUAAGAAGAAGAGCAAGAAAAGGGAAAAGAAAAUGGCAAAAGCAACAAUUGGAUCAAGUGCAAAGGUGGGGCUGGCGAAGGAAAAGAGGAGAACUCGAUCUAACAAGGAGUAUGAGUAUGAUUCGAUUAUUCAGGAAUCAGAUGCAUCACACAUUCCAGUGAUGUUAGGUGAAGUGUUGGAGGUGUUCUCAUCAUUGAGGAGUAUCAGCUCUUUCGUUGACUGUACACUUGGAGCUGCCGGUCAUUCCUCUGCGAUAAUCAGGGCCCAUCCAGAGUUGAAACUUUUUAUAGGAAUGGAUGUUGAUCCUUUGGCACAUGAAAAGGCUCGAGCUCACAUCAAUUCUCUCUUGGAUGCCCAUUCUGAUUUGAAAGCACAUAUCUUUCUGAAAAAUUUUAGACAUAUCAAAUCUGUGCUUAGUGAGGUUGAUGUGAAUCUAGCAAACUCAGGGGUGGAUGGCAUAUUAAUGGACUUGGGAAUGUCCUCUAUGCAGGUGAAUAAUCCUAAAAGAGGUUUUAGCGUGCUUGGUAAUGGGCCUCUUGACAUGCGAAUGGAUCCUCAAGCAAGUCUGAAAGCAGAGGACAUAUUAAAUUCAUGGCCAGAUACUGAAUUAGGUCAAAUCCUGCAAGAAUAUGGGGAAGAAAGCAACUGGCGAGUGCUUCUAAAAAAGAUUGUUCAAGCUCGAAAUCAUGGUGGGUUGCAUUCCACUGGUGAAUUGGUAGAUCUUAUCCGGAGUGUGACUCCAGUGACUAAAGGGGGUAGACAAGGUUGGAUAAAGACAGCAACACGGGUGUUUCAAGCUCUGAGAAUUGCUGUGAACAAUGAACUCAAGACAUUGGAGAAUUCCCUCUAUGCUUCUUUUGAUUGCCUUGCCCCUGGCGGUAGGCUUGCUGUCAUUUCCUUUCACAGUUUGGAGGACAGAAUUGUGAAACAAACAUUUCUCAACAUCAUUGACCGCAACAAAGAAGACGGCAAACAGGGAAAUGAAGACGAGAGAAGAGGAGAUCUGAAACAGAUCAGAAAUGACAGCCAGGUAAACGAACUGUGGAUUAAACAAAUGAUUGAAGGCUGGAAUGGAACAAUUCUCACUAAGAGACCGAUAACACCAUCUGAAGCAGAGGAAAGAUUGAAUCGCCGCAGCAGGAGUGCUAAGCUCAGGGUGAUACAAAAGGCUUGAAAUUAGAUUAUUGAUUUGUCAGCCAUUGAUUCAUAGAAGGGGGGAAGCUGGCAUGUGAUCUAUAUUAAGCUAUAUGAAUGUUGUAUGAUUUUCCACCCUCAUCAAUACAUCAUUCUUGAAUA